ACUUGUUUAGUAGCAUUUUUAAGAAGAGGUUAAGACUACUUUUAGAACCAGUCACAAACACAGUCAUAAACCUGUGUUUAAAUGGAGUCUAGUUGUCGACCGAUAUUUGUUUUUUGACAGCCGAUGCUGAUAUCUGACGUCAAAAUAAAAGUCGGUCGCGCCGUUAAAAUAAAGGUCCCGCCUUGAACGCAUCAGCAAAACAGAAUGCAAUUGUCCAGUGCUGAUAUUCGAAAAAUGUCAAAUAUCGGCCUUGGCGAUAUAUCGGUCGACCACUAAUGGAGUCUGUAAUUUAUAUUUGCUUAUUAUAGUACAAAUUAGUGCCACCAAUCAGGUGUCAGCAUGUGAACAUGUCAAGCCAUAUUUUUGUUAAUGCCAGAAUUUCUAUUGGGAACUUCUGUCUCUUUAUACUGAUCUGAGAUUGAGACCAGUUUUGUAUAAUCCCUUGUAAUAAUAUCAGUACUCUUUUGUGAAGUGAGAGCUGGUUGCUCUCCUGCUCUCAGCACAAAACCGCACCAUCUUCCUGGAACAGUAACAUAGAUAAAGCAGAUAUUGUAUUGUGAUAUCAGGAUGUAUUUCUUUAAACCAAUGAACUGCUCACAUUAUUAAGGUGGGCAUGUGCACCGAUAGGUAAAGUAUGUGAUGUUUUUGCAUGGAGGGUAAGUAUGUAUUAUAUGUGUGCUAGAAUAUUUGACUUACAUUGAUUAACAAAUGUUUUGGUGCAUUAAUGUCAGAAGAGAAAUACUUCCUGAUAGACAGCAUUCCUGCAUGGCACCCUGGUUGUGUCAAUAUACCUAAUGAAAAAAGAGACGUCACUUUAACCGGGAGUUGUGCUUCCUCUUUCAAACAUUUGAAUCUGAAGGUGGGUUAUGAGUCUGCUUCUGUUCUCUCUCAGUACGCAGACCGUUCAGAAAGAAAUAAAACAGAACGCUUACAUAUAAGUCAAGGACCCCUUUCUUCAAUCAAAGCAGCCUUUAAGAGAACUUCUGCAAGAGCUAACUCACAACCAGACUGCUCCAGGGAAAGAAGGCGUCCAGAGAUAACCAUCCUAUCGGCAGAGCCAUUAACAGCCACUUCUUGGUAUCCAGGGGCAUCUGGACGAUUUUCAUCCACAGCUUUCACAACACAACCAGUCUGGAGUGAGAGCGUUCUGUCCUCUGCUCAGCUCCCCCCAUCCUAUGAGCAGGUAAUCAAGGAGAAGACUAAGGAGCAGGUUACCACACCUUUACCAUCUCCACGACGCUCGCACUCAACAACUAUUGCCACACAGACUGACUCACUAGAGGAGAAUGUGACGCAUCCAAAUUCCUGCACGUCCCUGCAGCUGAACCAAAAUCCCAGUGGAGUUUCAGCGAAGCAGCCAAAAAAACCACCUCGGCCAUCAUUGCCCUGCAAACCAGAUCAAAAAACCAGAUCCCCUAUAUCCACUCCCAACUCCCAAACCAACGUCGAUCCAGUCUUAACUACACGUCCGGUGCCUCAGCCACGUUCCAAAACAAAACCCCUAAGCCCAUCCAACCAGGUCAAUGUGCAACCUCUGAUACCACUGCAAGACAGCUGGGAAGGUUUUCCUGUAACACCUGUGGAGACUUCUGAUGUCCAUUCAGGCAAGUAUCUGCAGGAACUCUUAGAUGUCUUCAGCUCUGGGCCUCAAAGUGAUCUGAGCAACAGUGUCAACAUCCAGGAAGAGCACACGAACCAAACUAAAGAGAACCAAAGUGAAAACAUGACCUCCCUUCACAGCGACCGCAACAUCCGUUCAAAAAUACAGGCCUUUGAAAGUCAGUCUAGCACAGACAAUGAAGAAACUUCUGUACCUUUCCCCCGUCCUCGUAAGGUUUAUGCCAAACCACCUGUGCUGGCACCAAAACCAUCCAUUGCCCCGCGGCCCUCUGUAAAAAAGCCCAAAGAAGAGCAGGUUUCACAAUUUGAAAGUCACUUAUACGAAGAUGUCGACACACCACCUAUGCCAGCGCCAAGACCUCAACUUUUCAAAAAACCGUCUUUAGAUUUAAGAGAUAACUUUGACUCUCAGCCUUCCUUCAAGACAGCCCUCAUUCCUCCAUCACGACCUUCAUUGGUCAGAGCUAAGAAUGUAAGUUCCCAGGAUGAGGAGGAAGUAAUGAAAGGACCUCCCACUCCACUCAAGCCCAGCAAAGACUUGCUGAACCUCAACAAUCACAACUCAACUGCUCUUCUGUCUAACAUCACAUCCACAGCGGACAUGCCUAGCAAUGAUUAUGUGGAUGCUCCCACUAAUCAAUCUCCCACUAAACCUGCCCGUCAAGGGGGAUUCACCUACAUGGGGCUAAACACACAGGGGGUGACCAAGAGACCCACAGUCAUCAGAGUCCCCAGUAAAACUGACAAAAACACAGAAGAGACGGCAGAUGUUCCACCACCUUUACCUGUGCAGAAACCUGUGGGUGGCCCACCUACACCUGCUAAACCUUCUAGCAAAGACUCCUUCAGUCUCUCAUCUGAUAUGUCUCUUCCACCACGACCCAGUGGAGGAAAGGUUCUGCCUCCACGACCGCCACCUGCUAAAACAGGCCCAGGAAGACCUCCUCCUCCACGGAGAGAUGGCUCCCAACGUGGGCCCUCAGAUCCAGGAGUUUCACAAAUAGUGCCAUCAAAACAACAGCAACCUCAAUGGCAGCAACAAAACCGUAGAGCUUCAAAAAAAGGACCUGCCCUACCACCGAGACCCAACCCUGGACAUCGUCUGUACAACAAAUACACUCUUGAGAUCCCCCACGGUAUUGCUGAGUAUGACUACAAUGGCAGAAACACUGGGGAGCUCUCUUUUCAGAAAAAUGAAGUCCUCAUCUUGCUUGAGGAAUUAGACAGCAAAACCUUUGAAUGCCAAUUGGGAAACGCUAAGGGCACAGUGCAGAAAACACAUAUGAAGAUUAUUAUACCCUUGACAAAUAUACCCAGCAAUCCAGUACCUCAGAAAAACAGUUCCUUUAGUGGUAUGGUGGAAAAUACUGGAUCUUUAAAAGUACAAGCCCUGUAUGACUUCACUCCAGAGGGGCCUGGAGAGCUGAUGUUGAAGGCUGGCGAUGUGGUGUCUAAUGUAGAACAGCUGGAUAGUGAGUGGUACAUGGGAACAUGCAGAAACAUCACUGGAUUCUUCCCCGUUAACUACGUCAAGCCACUGAACAAGCCUGGUACAUCUGCACCAGCAUCCAGCAAUGAAUGGAAAUCCAAACCAUCUCCUGAUCCUGUGAGAGGCCCAAGGUGUGUUGCGAGGUUUGACUUUGAGGGAGAGCAGAGUGAUGAGCUCUCAUUCUCUGAAGGUGAUGUGAUUCGGCUUAAAGAAUAUGUGGAAGAGGAGUGGGCUCGUGGGGAAGUGAAUGGCCAUGUUGGUAUUUUCCCCCUCAACUUUGUGGAAGUGCUUGAGGAUCUUCCUCCAGUCCCAGUGCAGAAAUCUGUUCUGAAUAAGACUGCACUGCCCGGAAUGGCCGGUUCACCUAACACACGGAUGUCUUACAAAGCCACUGAGGUUGAAUCUAACGGUGAAGAGUGGGCUGUGGCACUGUAUGACUUCACAGCAGAGACAGAGGAGGAUCUGCCCUUCCAGCAGGGAGACAGGAUCCUGGUCACUGCUCACAUAGAUGAUGAAUGGUGGAGCGGACAGAUCAAUGGCAGAGAAGGCUUCUUCCCCAAAGCCUUUGUAGAGAUUGUUACAGGUGGGAGAAAAUGGUAAUGGAAUGAAUAAGCAGAGGCAACUUCAGAAGCAGUGUUUUUCUUCUUCUCCUUCUUCGUCUUUUGAUUCGUUUCCAGUUUAAAUUCAAUUGUGUUUGUCUAAUAUAUAUUUAUAAAUGUGAUUUAUCAUUGUUGAUAUUCCAAAUCCAUUGUAUCCUAAAAAAUAUAUUCAUGAACUGCUA